AUGGCAAAUGCAUCGCAUUAUCAAUCGUGGGACUUGCUGAAAAGUUCCUUAGCAUCUGGCGCCUACUUUGACAUCAAUAUCACAUACGGUAACAAUAAUUCAAAAUUGCACAAGGUCAUUGUCUGCACCAGAACAGACUUUUUUGCACGUGCGGUCAAUUUUGGCGGGCAGCUAACUCAAGUGAAAGAAACCAAGAGUGGCACAUCUAACCUGCCCGAAGAUGAGCCUGAGACUGCAAGACUUCUCAUUCAAUAUCUGUAUGAGAGAGAAUACGAGCCGCAACUACCUCCGACAGCUGUCACUUUCGACCAUCGCCGUUUCCACACCAGUCAAGCAUGGGAAGCCGUCAUCCAAAACAGAAGACUAGCGUCGCGUCUUCCCCCAUACCUGUACUUGGCACGCCUGUGCGAAUACAUCGCUAAGGCGGAGGAUGAAUUACAAGGCACGUAG